AUGCUGGCAGUCGAGUCGUCCUUUCGCGGCCACGGCAUCGCAACCGCACUCGUGCAACAAGCUAUCGACGCCAUGACCAAACGCAAUGCCGAUGAGAUUGUUCUGGAGACUGAAGAAUCAAAUACUCCAGCCAUGCGACUCUACGAACGGCUGGGGUUCUUGCGGUCCAAAAAGUUGCACCGUUACUAUCUGAAUGGCAAUAGCGCAUAUCGACUCGUUCUUCCGCUAAGGAGCGUUGACUUCGACGUCACCCAGGACUAUCUCAUCGGGGAAGUGUCUUGA